GAAAUGCAGAGUUUAUGGAAUGGAGAGCGUCCAACAACGUCAUAGUGUUUAUCGAACAUAUCGUGAUACAUUAUUUGUGGAAAUUUCAUACGUUUUUAAUAAUUGAAUUAUAUAGAGGAAGGUUGAAAAAGAUUAAUUAAAAUUUGCAGAGGAAAGAAUUUGAAGAAUUUCGUAUAAAGAUUUAGUUACAAAAAUCUCAGAAACGCCAUUUUAUUCUCGAAACAUUAGUGAAUAACUCUCGUGUGAAUUUCCGCGUUUUUUAUUCGGAAUGUGUGGACCUGCACAUUUUUUUCAUCUAAAUGAUUUAAUUUCUUUUACCGAUAUGAUUGUUAAAGAAAUUUAAGCUUCUGUCAGUCAGAUUAUCUUCAGUGAUUAUUCUUUUGUAACAAUACAUACUUGUCAGUGCAAUCAGGACAAGAAUUUUAGAGCUUAAUCAUGGCUAUGCACACCGUUCCACCAAAACGCAAAGAAAUCUACAAGUAUGAGGCCCCUUGGCCAUUGUACAGUAUGAACUGGUCAGUGAGACCUGACAAAAGAUUUCGUUUAGCACUGGGAAGUUUUGUAGAAGAAUAUAACAAUAAAGUACAAAUUGUUUCACUGGAUGAAGAAACAUCUGAAUUUAGUGCUAAAAGUACAUUUGAUCAUCCUUAUCCAACUACAAAAAUUAUGUGGAUACCCGACAGCAAAGGUCUAUUUCCGGAUCUUCUCGCCACAUCCGGUGAUUAUCUAAGAGUGUGGCGUGCCGCAGAGCCAGAGACUCGUUUGGAAUGUGUUCUGAAUAACAAUAAGAAUUCGGAUUUCUGUGCACCGCUUACAUCCUUCGAUUGGAACGAAGUGGAUCCGAAUCUAAUAGGCACUUCGAGUAUAGACACAACCUGCACUAUUUGGGGAUUGGAGACAGGACAGGUAUUAGGCAGAGUGAACAUGGUCACGGGUCACGUGAAAACGCAACUGAUUGCGCACGACAAGGAAGUAUACGACAUCGCAUUUAGUCGUGCUGGAGGCGGUCGCGACAUGUUCGCAUCUGUCGGCGCCGACGGAUCCGUGCGGAUGUUCGAUCUACGACACUUGGAGCACUCGACGAUAAUUUACGAGGACCCGCAACACACUCCGCUAUUGCGACUAGCAUGGAACAAGCAGGAUCCCAACUAUCUUGCUACUGUAGCGAUGGAUGCGUGCGAGGUUAUCAUUUUGGACGUUCGUGUGCCGUGCACGCCAGUCGCGAGAUUGAGUAAUCACAGAGCUAGCGUUAAUGGUAUAGCUUGGGCCCCACAUUCAUCCUGUCACAUUUGCACAGCUGGUGAUGAUAAUCAGGCCCUGAUUUGGGAUAUACAGCAAAUGCCAAGAGCGAUAGAAGAUCCCAUACUCGCUUACACUGCUGCAGAAGGUGAAGUUAAUCAGAUUCAGUGGGGCGCCACGCAGCCCGAUUGGAUAGCCAUUUGUUACAAUAAAGCGGCAGAAAUCCUUCGAGUUUAAAUUGAAAAUCUACAUUUAUUUUUAAUUUUGAUUCAAACACGCAAGUGAUACUAAAUUAAUUUUUUUUAUUAAUAUAAGGUAUAUAUAUCCUACUGAGCAAAGAAUAGCUAUAAAUAGCAACAUUUCAAUUCUUGCAUUUUAUAACUGUAUAUAUAGAAAUAUUACAUACUUGAUAACAAUAGAAAUAUCGAUUUAAAGUUCUGGAUACAUAAAUUGUAUCAGUACAUAAUUAUUUAAUCAUUAAUCACUUUAAAAUGUUUUUUUAAAGUUUUUUAAAAUAGACAUUAAUACAAUUUUAAUAGUAUAACAAUACAAUGGUUAAUUGUUAUUACAAUAACAGUAUAUGCAACCGUGUAGCGUAUCAUGGUUGUAGCAUUAGUUCCCCGAUUGUGAUCAUGUUAUUGUGAUUAUCCACAAUUUUUAGUAUGUAAUGUACAGAUUUUUAUAUAGAUGUAAAUUUUUGAUAUAUGAAGAUGUAUAUUAAUAACGCUCUCGAUUUUACGAAUACACUAUGUAUUCAAUAUCAUCAUUGAUAUAGAUACCAAAUUAACAAGUUAAUUUAUAAAAAGUUCAUUACGUAACAAUAUUCAUUUACAAUUUCAAAUAUAUUAUGCAGAGAUUACUGAAUCAUGUAUCAAAUUGACACACAUUUAUAUGGAAAGGUAUAUUAAUAAUAUGUAUAUAUAUGGACAUAUUCCAUAUAUAUUUAUAUAUACAAUAUGGAUUUUUUUCUCCUUAGAUAUUUAUAAGUUGUACAGCGAUCAUUUAUGAAAAUUGAGAGAUGAGUUAUAAGAACAAUUAAUUUUCAGAUAGUAAUUUUCACUAUACUGUAAAUGAGAAAAGAAAAUAAAGUUGGAGUUUUCAA